GUCAUCAACUUCUACUUAAAUCUAAUCAUGGAACGAAGCAAACAAGACAAGAACAUGGCUGUCUACGCUUUCAACACUUUUUUCUACCCAAAGCUGAUCUCACAGGGUUACAACUCUCUGAAAAGGUGGACAAAAAAGGUGGAUAUAUUUGACAAAGAAUUUCUGUUGGUGCCCAUCCAUCUGGGUAUACACUGGUGUAUGGCGACAGUGGACUUCAGAGAUCGUACUAUCCGAUACUACAACAGCAUGGAAUCGGAAAACAACACUUGCCUCUAUGCACUUCUUAAUUACUUAAAUGAGGAGAGUUUGGAUAAAAAGAAAAAGGAAUAUGACAUCAGCGACUGGAAGACUGAAAAUGUUAAGGAUAUUCCGCAACAGAUGAACGGGAGUGACUGUGGCGUGUUCUCGUGCAUGUUCGCAGAGUAUCUCAGUAGAAACGCAAAAAUCACCUUUUCUCAAAAGGACAUGCCAUAUUUCAGGAGAAAAAUGGUCUACGAAAUCUUAGCUAAACGUCUACUACAAUAAUAGUUGUCUAAUUAGCUCUUAUCCUUGUACAUUUGUAUUUCCAAUUUUACAUAAGAAUCAAUUUGAUUAAAAUUAUAUAUAAUAUA